AUUUUAAAGGUGAUAACAUAAUAUGCAACUAUUCUGUAGAUAUACACAGAUAGAUAUGCAUACAUUGUAUAAUAGUAUUUGAUUUUAGCGGAAAUAUAUAUAUAUAUAUAUCUUGUGUAUGACUUAUCGUGAUAUUGAACACUGAACACAAUAUAGAAUACGAAUAACAACCGGAAUACAAAUCAUAAAGACAAUAAUUGUAAAAAAUGAUAAUAGUAAUAAUAAUAAUGAUGUUAGUAAUGACAAUAAUAAUUGGAGAUUUUAAAUCAGUUAUAAAUGAAGAAAUACAAAGGUAAUGCUAGAUUAUUAUUGCGUUAUUCGUCUUUUCGUCUGUUGAACAUUGAAUGAAACAGAUCCAAGAGAUAAACAGAUAACAGAAAAUCUCUGUUGAUUAAUUAUUACCAUGGUUUUAAAUGAAUAAUUCAUUAAAUUAAUUAAUUAUUUAUUUAUUAUCGAAGUACAUAUAUACAUAUAUAUAUAUAUAUGUAAAUCAUUUCAUAACCAGUAAAUUCAAAUUUUCAAUAUUUUAGAAAUUUGAACGAAUAUACAAAAUAUAACGCUACAACGAAAUGAAUUUAAAUGAAUACAAGUAUUCCUUUUUAAUCAUUAUCACUAUACUAAUCUGUUGUUCACUAGAAAUGUAUCAUUUCACUAAAGUAACAAAGUAUACAAAUAAGUAUAAUUCAAAUAAUUGGUCAAUUAUUGAACAUUUAAUUCAAAACUAUGCUAAACACAAUUUAACACAUGAUGAUACAUUAAAACACCUGUUCAAUGUUCAACAUGAUAAUGUGAAUGCUACUAAUGAUAAAAACUAUAAUUAUGAAAGUAGAAAUAAUAAAAGUAAUCUAAAUAAAAGUGACAAAAUCAAUAAAUAUAGUGAACAUGAAGCGAUAGCUUUGCAUGUAAAUUAUGGCCGUCCAGAAUUCGGUACACAUCGUAUUCUAUGGAUUAAGUUAAUCUUAGCUGUUAUCUAUGGGAUUCUUGCAUUUAUGGGAAUUACAUCAAAUUUAAUUGUUGCAUAUAUACUACUGUUUAUGCGUCGACGUGCUUUAAACAGUAUUACGAAUAUAUUUGUUCUAGUUUUGGCUAUCUCUGAUAUCCUAUUGUGUAGUUUCAACAUGCCAUUGCAAGCCUAUUAUGAAUUAAAAGAAACUUUAUUAGUACGAAAUGAUAUAUUGUGUAAAUUUAUUUUUGCCUGUUUUGGUUUACCAAUGCAUAUAUCCUGCUUAACAAUUCUACUCAUUGCCUGUGAUCGAUAUCAGAUAAUUAUCUAUCCAUUGAGACCAAGAAUGUCUGUUCGACUGGCGAUUAUUUUAAUUUGUCUCACUGUAAUCAUUAGUAUUAUCAAUGCUAUACCAAUAGCAUUAUUCAAUAUGGUCAGUAAUGCUAUCAAUUCACCUGGAUUUGAUAUAAUCUUUGAAAGUCAGUUGUACAUGUAUCAGUCUAUACAGCAUAGUACUACUACUACUACAACUAAUCAUAAUAAUCGACAUUCAUAUUGUGUUGAAAAUUGGCCAAAUCCAGAAUCAAGACUGCUGUAUUCAAUUCUUGUCUUUUUUAUACACUUUUUAAUUCCCUUAAUAUUGACCGCAUGUUUAUACGGGCAUAUUUAUUAUCGCUUACAUGAAAGAAGAUUUCGUAAAGGAUCGGUGGAACGUAAGCGUAGAACAAAUAAAAUAUUAAUACGUAUUGUCAUCUGUUUUGCUGUCUGUUGGACACCAUGGACAUGUUUUUCACUAUGGUUAGAAAUACAUGCUUAUGAAAUACAAAAAAAUGCACUAAAUUUAAAUAAUAAUAAUAAUUAUGAAUCAGGGCCAAAUUUGAAUUAUAUGACAACAACAACAACAACACAUGAUAGCGUUGCUGAGAAAAUGAUGCAUUUAAACAAAUUCUAUUUAACAUUGAACAAGACAAAUCAAAUUCAUGCAACAAGCAACCAUAUCAAUACGAAUAUGACGAAUUCUCCUUCUACUCUUGCUGCUACUGUUGAUAACACUUCUACUCUGAUGAGUAGCAGUCAUUCACAUCAGAUAUAUAAAAAUUAUCGAAAUUAUUAUACUUUACAUCCAAUGGGUGGUAAUAUCAAAUUAUUAGACUUGAGUUUAAAACUAUUAGCUAUGACAUCAGCAUGUAUUAAUCCAUGGUUAUAUGGUUGGUUUAAAAAGUUCAUAUAUACAAUGACAAAAAAGACAUUACAAAAAUUGAAACAAUAUAAGCUGACUAAGCAUAACAUGUUACGUAAUAUAAAACAUUUAAAAGAUAAAUAUAGUCUGUGCUUUACGAAGAAGUUUACAAUGGAGAGUAUUAAAAGACAGAUAAAUCAAUAUCACAGUGAUGCUGACGGUGAUGGAGGCAGGAGUGAUGGUGCUGGGGCUGUUUGUUGUGCAGGUGCCGUUGGUGGUGAUGCUGAUGGUCGAGGUAGGGGAGAAGAUGUAGUUGGGGAUAAUGACGUUGGGAAUAUUGGUCACAACUUUGGAAAUAAUGCGAAUCAUAAAGCAGGCGAUGAUGAUGAUGAUGGUGGUGAGAAUGAAAUGAAUAAAAAUGAACCUAAACUAAAUGUUUAUAUAUGUUAUUGUUGUGGAGCAAUAUGUACAUGCCAGUUGUCGCUGAAGUGGUUGAAACGACGUGAUCACUAUCGUCACAUCACUCGAUAUCAUGAUAAUGAAAGUUGUUUAAUUGAACCAUUAACUAGAACUAUUAAUGAAUACACCGAGCGUCGUAUUCUCAACGAUGCAGUGAUAGCUGAUCUAAUUAAACAGACAAGAAAUAGCUCUAGAGGUUCAAAUUCAAAUAGUAGUCGUCCAUGUGGUUCAAAAAGUUCCAAUGGUCCGUUAGCCGGUGGGAAUCUACUCACUGGAAUAGGACAACAUCAUGAAAAACCAACUGAUACAAAUUCAUCAACAGGUAAAUACGGGAAGUUGAAUAAAGAGACUGCCCCAACAACAACAAAAGCACCAUCAUCUUCAUCGUCAUCAGCAUAUCUAAAAUUUCGUCGAAGAACUUCAUCACGUCUUAGUGGUUUUUCAUUCGGUACAAUGAGUUAUUUAGAUCCUUCGACAAAACAGACUAGUCUAUUCCCUUCGUCUGGUGUACUGCCAACACCAAGGAGUAGUUUUUUAAACACUGCUAGUCAUGCUUCAAGAAAUGAUGGAGAAGAUGGGGAAGUACAAUCCUCUCAUCAACCUCAACACCAGCCCCAUCAACAGCAGCAACAACACUCCCACUAUGAAUUACAAGUACCAUCUAUAUCUCAUGAUUUCAUCAGUACAAAUCUUCUAACCACUCCAAAUAGCAACACUGAUCAAUAUCCAAUGAAUUCAAGACAGCUUACAUCGAAUCUCCUGAAGCCUUUACCAGAUACUGAUUCCUAUAAUAACAAUAAUAAUAAUAAUUACAAUCAUGAAAUGUCCAGUGAAUGUGAAGGUCUCCUCAACAUCACUAUACCAAUUCCAAUGCCAUCUAUGCCGGUGAAAGGCAUAAGUCAUUCAGAAUUGGAUAAAGUUAAUGAACAGUCAAAUGAAUCAAUAUCAAUUAGUUUGUCAGCAUUUGAAAUUCCACCUUAUACUACUCAGCAAACUACUUAUAAUGUAAAUAUUAGUAGUAAUAGUACUACUACUAAAAAUAUAUUACCAGAAAUUAUUAAAGUGAAUGUUCAUACACAAACCAAUGAAUCUAAAGAUCAACCCAAUAAAAUUUGUCUUUUACGCACAAAUAUUACACAAAAUAAUGACGAUAAUAUUGAUGAUGAUGAUAUUGAUAUUAAUAACCGCUAUGAGGACUGCUCAUUUAAAAUUAAUAUCACUGAUAAAGACAGCUUGAUAAAAACAGAUCAGAAUCCACUACAAAUUAAACUGUCUGAUUCCUAUGCUGCAUCUAUCCCUUUUGUUGAUGAAGAAAGCUCGAUAAUUGAUGAAAAUUUAAAUCAAACUGAGUGUUUUAUCAUCGAUAAUGAUCAUAAUGGGAAACAGAUUCGUAAGACUACUGAUGAUAAGGUGAAUAGAGAAGUUGUGAUGAAUUGUAAUGCAUCCAUCGGUUUAACGUCACACCCUCAUCUUCAUUUAAAACAUCAACACAAUGAACAGUAUAAACAAGAAUCACAGGCGACAAUUCAUCAAGUGAUUUCACCUUACACAAAUCGAGUGACGAAAACACUAACAAUCGAUAAAUCAGAGACACAUGCUUCGCUUAAAGAGAAAAAACCUCGUAAACUAUCAUCAAUUUACAAAAAACCCACCGGGAGACGUAUUAGUCAAGGCAUUAAUUUACUUGUGCAUAAACCGAAACCAUCAGAGAAACAUGAUACUGAUGAGAAGCUGGUGAAACGUCGUUUAAGUUUUCAUGAUAAAGUUACCAGUAAACGACAACAACAUCAACAGCACAUCAGUCAUCCUAGUAGUGAAGAGAAACGCCGACAUUUUGAUAAGAAACAAUCCUCGGAUAUAUUCGCUUCAUUGACAACUAGUGAGGAUAAUGAAAUAUCCGAUGACUUGGAUGAUUUUGCGCAUAUCAGUCGAAUGGUUGCCAUCGAAGUGAUGCGGAAACGACGAGCACGUGAAAGAGCUAGAAGUGUUUGUAUUGGAUCAACAGUGACUAGGAAUAGAAUGGAUCGGGAUGGCAAUGAUCUGAAGGUGACAACACCUACAAUCACAGCAAUGACAACAACAACAACAAAUAGUAAGUCGGGGCAUGAAGAAGGCGGCAAAUCAUUAUUUCAUAAACGUAAAAGUUUUACUGUGUUUCCACGACUUUCACAGAUUCCAUUGUCAAUAUCAUCGUCGUCUUCUUCGACAAAUAGACAAAGAUAUACUUAGAAUAGUGUAUAAUUAACUGAGGUGAAUGUCUUCGGAAGUUCCUAAACUCUGUGAACUCCUCACUCACUCACUCACUUACUCACUCGUCUAUCCUUUUUUCCUCUUUAUUAUACUUUCUUCAGAUAAAACAUUCCAUAAUACACACCGAGGUGAGAAUUUCUGAAUAGUAUGUGAGUUAUUGUCACUCCCUACCCCAAUUUGAACCCUUCCAUCAUAACCACAGUCACUAAAUGAAAAUACUUAAAAUUCUGUAUAUUUUUGAAUGUCUCUAAUGUACUUUAUUGAUCACAGAACCAUAAAUGUAACUCUUUUCUAAUCUUUCCUAUUUUAUACUUGUUAUUAUGCAGUGUAAUGCAUUUAUUUUUAAUCUUUCUAUCUCCUCUGAAUAUAUAUGAGUGAACUUCUUUUUGAUACUAUGAGUUUUCUAAGAUUAUGGAAAUAAUUUCAUUGUAGAUUUCGUCAACAGCCAAUCAGAUUUAGAGAAACAUUGAAAAUCAGAGAGAAGUGGAUAGCUGCUUUCUCUUGGUUUCGAUCUUAUGAUGUGAUCAUUGGUGAGCCCUUCUGCUGAUGAGUCUGAAACCAGGGCGAAACAGCUGUCUCAUACAUCCUGGUUUUCAGUGUUUCACAAAAAAAUACCGUUGGAUUGAGACGAAAUCUUCAGUAAAAAAAUUUUGCUGUUUUUCUGUAAAUCUGCCUCCCAGCCAUUGUCGCCCGUCUUCGUUUUAUUCUCGUCCAUUUUUGAUGUCUGCAUCACCAAAGUGUCUAUGUGCUUGUGUGUCUGUGCGUGUCUAUGUAUAUGUCUGUGUCCAUUUCGCCUUGUCUGUCUGUCUAUCUAUCUAUUUAUUUAUCCGUCUAUCUGUCCGUUGCUGUCUAUCCAACUACCCUAUCUCUGGUUUUUGUAUUCAUCCCCCUUUGUUUGUCUGUCUAUCUGCUUAUCUAACUAUUGGCCUGUCUGUCUGUGUACAUUUGUCUAACUGUGUGUGUGCGUGUGUCAAUUUCAUUAGAUUUCAUUUUGUAAAACUUAGGAUAAAUUGUCAAAGAUUACUUUUUUUCCACACUUUUUUAUACAAGGAAACAUGUUCACGUUAUUUGUAAAUGAAGAAGUGAAGACAUUUUAUAUUAUUAUUUUAAAAUAUGACAGUCGGAUAAUUCUUAUAAUUCUUUUGAUUUAGAUUGUAAGACUAAUUGGUG